AUGGCAUUGGGCUGUGUUACUAUCGUGACAAUCUUCAUCUUUUGCUCCAUGCUCCAUGCCUCGGAGGUAACUAUUGUUGGCGGAAACAGCUUACAUGUUGGAUUCUAUGAUAACACAUGCCCCCAAGUGGAGAAAAUUGUGGCUGAUGUUGUUGACAAUGCCAUCAGUGAAGAUAGAGGUCUCGCUGCUGGACUCAUCCGCCUCUUUUUCCAUGACUGCUUUGUGAAUGGCUGCGAUGCCUCAAUUCUGUUGGACUCAACACCAUCUGGUGAACCUGUUGAGAAAGAAUCACCAGCCAAUGGUAAAACUAUCCGGGGCCUAGAAAUAAUUGAUGAGAUCAAGGACCAGAUUGAGGAGCAAUGCCCUGCAACUGUAUCUUGUGCCGAUAUAUUAGCAUUUGCAACCCGGGAUGCUGUAGUGCAUUCUGGUCUAUCCAACUAUCCUGUCCCUGCAGGCCGCCGUGAUGGUCUCUCUUCCCGUUCUGCUGAUGUUUUGGGUAACAUCUUUGGUCCAAAAUCAUCUGUUGAUGAAAUAGCAGAAGGCUUCAUCAGGAAAGGGUUGACAGUAGAAGAAAUGGUUGUCCUAACCGGUGCACACUCAAUUGGAAAGUCCCACUGCAAAUUCAUUAAAGAAAGGCUCUAUAAUCACAGCUCAACUAACACCAAAGACCCUAACUUGGACGACGCACAUGCUAAUUAUCUAUCACGCAAAUGCCCAGCCCGAGACUCAUUACUUGCAGAAUUCUUAGGUAACUUGGUGGACCUUGAUGAGGUAACACCAGUCAUUCUGGACAAUGCAUUCUAUAUCAACCUGUUACAUCGGAGGUCACUGCUUCAAUCAGAUCAGGCAAUGGCUUUUCAUCCUAGGACCAGUGAGAUUGUGCAGAGAAUGGCUGCUGAUCAAAGAGGAUGGUCUAAAAAGUUCACAAUGGCUAUGAAUCAGCUUGGGAGGUUGGAUGUACUCACUGGGGAACAAGGGGAGAUAAGGAAGAACUGCCGAGCUGUUAACUAA